AGAUAAAAAUAUUAGCUGGAGUGCAAAGGGUACGGACUAGUGGGUUUCUGUGGAGUGAACCAGUGUUUUUGAGCCUUUGCUGUACUCCCUGCUCUCCCUCAAAGCCAGGGACAAAGGUUUCAAAGUACAAACGAGACUUCAGGCAAUGCUUGUAUCUGAGUCCCGUCCCAGCUGCUGUCAGCCCUCAGGCUGUGCCUUAAAUGGAGUUGCAGCUAAGCGAAAACGGGGUGAGAACCCAGCCAAGCAACAUUCCAGAAAGGACGAACAAGUGUCACUAUACAUGCCAUCUGUACCAGUAUACUAAGUGCUUGGCACCACUCAUAGAGGGCAGGGGGCCAGGUCAGAUGACUGAUGACUCUAAGUUGAGUACCCAUGAAACAUGAAACGACGCCAAGAUGGCGCUGUGCCACACAGAUGCACCGGAAGUACUUAAAAAGUAAUUUUAAUAUGUAUUUUGAACCUUCCUUCUAAUUUGAAUAAGCCACGCCCCCUUUUUACCUGUGCCACGCCCACAACAUUCCAGGGUGUCAAGUGACUAUCAAGUGUCACUCUAGUGAAGCCCCACCCAUUCCCCACCCCCUGCACUUAGUCCCAACCCCCUAGCAAAUAGGAAGUGUUUCUAGCUUAUGUUCCUACCCACAUAGAGGUCCUUCCGCAUAUCAGGCAUGGGCCAAAGCCCCGCCCCCUAAUGCCCGCAUACCCUGGGGGGUGGGGGGAAUUGCCAUCGUCAGCUGCCCCAGAAGUCUUUGCUGCACUGUGCUAGUAUAUAAUUUUCCAAAUUUGGAGGGGUCUGCAGACCAGCGCGGAGAGGACAAGGAGGUGAGUGGCAAAGCCAGUCAGUUAGCAUUUGAGCAGGUGCCUUGCUCGGUGGUGGAGAGCAGAGCCUACGGCUAGCGGCCCUGUUAUCAUGCAAGCUCCAAAAGACCCUCUCACCGGAUCUUCAGCCUCAGCCUCAGCCUCGUCCCCUUCCACCUCUCCCUCAACUUCAACUCAGCUGGAGUGUCUGGGCACCACAACCAGAGCACCCCCUGCUUUGGAGGAGGUUGCUAAUCCUGGCCCAGCCAGCAGCUCAUCACCCAAGGAAUUGCGGAAGAGAAUCCUUGGCACCAGUGAGCCCCCUGUCCUCUUUCUCCACCGUCCGGGGACUUCGGGGACUUCAAAGCGACUAGAGUACAGGGGCCGCGUAGUCACCAGCGAGCUCGAGGUCAUUGUGCAGGAGGAGGAACCCAAGCCCAUAGCCCAGGGUCCUCCAUCUCCUUCGGCGUUUAAACCUGUUGCCCAGUAUGCAACCAAGCCUGCACCGAGACCUGUGCCGAUACCGCCACCAAGGCCUGAGCCGAGGCCCGUGCCGGUACCUCCACCAAGGCCUGAGCCGAGGCCCGUGCCGGUACCUCCACCAAGGCCUGCAUCUACACUGGAGCCGAGGCCUGAGCCAAGGCCUGUGCCUAAGUUGGAGCCAAGGCCUGUGCCUAAGCAUGAGCCUAGGCCUGAGCCAAGGCCUGUGCCUAAGCCUGAGCCAAAGCGUGAGCCCAGGCGUGAGCCGAGGCGUGAGCCCAGGCAUGAGCCGAGGCAUGAGCCAAGGCCUGUGCCUAAGUCUGAGCCGAGGCGUGAGCCAAGGCCUGAGCCUAAGUCUGAGCGGAGGCGUGAGCCAGGGCCUGAGCCUAAGUCUGAGCCGAGGCGUGAGCCAGGGCCUGAGCCAGGGCCUGAGCCAGGACCUGAGCCGAAACCUGAGCAGCAACCAGCCAGAGCAGCUCGUGAGUCCAGCCCCAGGGCCACCUGCUGUGGCCUGUGGCCCAGAAGAUCUCCACGCUCCCAGAACUGA